CGCGGCCACUCGCCGCGCUCCGCCGCCGACACGAGCGGAGCCGAGGGUCCCGCCGCCCCCAGGAGCCCGGGCACGGCCGUGCCGGCGCCGCGCCACGCCGCAGGCUGGGAAACUGCACCGAAGAUCACCGAAGGAUAAGCAAGUGAAAAGGGAGGAGUUCCUGGGGCGGUUCCAGCCCGGACCAGAGUCCCUGAAAGAUGGAGCAGAAAGAGGAAGAAACGCGGGAGAUCCUGCUCCCCAACUGGCAAGGCAGCGGCUCCCACGGCAUCACCCUCGACCAGACGGAUGAGGGUGUCUUCGUGAAGCAGGUGGUGCAGAACUCCCCCGCGGCCAAGACCGGCGCCGUGAAGGAGGGAGAUCAGAUUGUGAGCGCCACAGUCUACUUCGACAACCUGCAGUCUGGGGAGGUCACGCAGCUCCUGAGAAGCAUGGGCCACCACACCGUGGGGCUGCGGCUACAGCGGAAGGGGGACAGGUCCCCGCUGCCGGGACAGUCCUGGUCACACGAUGUCUUCACGCACAGCGGUCCAGAGGUGGUUCUGAGUGGAGACGACGAGGAAUACCAACGGAUUUACACCACGAAAAUCAAGCCACGGCUGAAGUCGGAGGAUGCAGCAGAGGCUGAGAAGGCCGGGACGCAAAGCAGGACCAUCACCGUCACCAAGAAGGUCACGGCGUACACUGUGGAUGUCACGGGGCCCGAAGGAGCCAAGGACAUCGAUGUCACAAGCCCGGAGUUUAAAAUCAAGAUGCCGAGGCACGAAUUCACCCACGUCACGCGAACUACAGAGUAUGAAACGGAGGUGGGGAGGCCCCCGGUCAAAAUCCCAGCUGUGGACUUGCAUGGGAGGACGGUCCAAGCCACAGACCUCAGCGCGGGCGUCCGAAGGGGCGCUCCUGGCAUCUCCUGCUCCAGACCAACGGUGGAGGUGUCUGCCGGGAAGCUGGAUGUGGGUGCCCCCGGCAGCCAUGUGGGAAGACCUGACAUCAGCAUAUCAGGACCCCGCGUCACAGGCGCGCAGCUGAGAACUCACACGGGCUUUCACGGCCCAGACAGCCACGCUCCGGGGACGGAAGCAGGAAAAUCAGUGACGGUGGAAGUCCCCGGGUUUCACGUCUCUGGCGCCAGGUUCCCGGCCUCUGAGGUCCGCUCCCCUGGGAUGGAUGGGAAAGACCCCGCGGGACCCCUAGAUGCAGGGUUUCACGUGAGGGGCGGUCAAACAGGAGUUUCUGGCAUUGAUAUUAAAGCACAAGCCCCGGGAGCCAAAUUCCCACAGGUUGAUGUCUCUGGUCCCAAGGCUGAUCUAUUGUUCCCCAAAACGAAGGGCUUCGGAGUUGAUAUUUCUGGCCCUCAGAUCCGGGGGGAUCUUGAACCUCCUCGGGUGGACGUUUCUGUUCCAGGAAUCAAAGGUGCUGGGCAAGACCUCACGGGCCCGAGUAUUAAUGUUGAGAGCACUGGAAAAAUAAACAUGCCUGCCAUGAAGAUGCCCAAGUUUGGAUUUGCGGUUUCAGGCCCCGGUCUUGACGUCCAAAUGCCACAGGCCGGGGCUGAUCUGUCUGCGCCAAAGAUACAGGCUCCUCAGGUCGAUAUUGCACCUUCCUCUGUUCAUAUUGAAGGUCCCAAAUUGACGAGGCCUUCAGUGGAAGGGCCUAAAAUAUCAGGGCCACAGGUGGACGUGGAUCUAAAAGGCCCUGGGCUAAGAGGAACUGUGCAGGUUCCCUCUCCGACACUACGAGGUCCCAGUGUUGAUAUCAGAGGCCCCGAGGGCGACCUUGCUGCUAUUCCAGGGGCUGAAGGAAAAAUAAAAAUGCCCCAAAUGAAAUUCCCUAAAUUCAGUGCAUCGGGCCCGACUGUGGAUGUGGCUCUUCCCAAAGGAGGGGUGGCAGUGACAGGACCCAAGGGAGAUAUUGGCACCCCUGGUCUGCACCUGGAAGGAGAAUGGAAAGGUCCUAAACUAACGCAGCCUGAAUUCCUUGCUCAGACACCGCAGAUCUCCAUGUCUGAUGUGAACUUGAAUCUGAAAGGCCCCAGUCUGCAGGGACGGAAGACAGAUAUUUCUGGGGGUCUGAAAGGACCUGCUGUGGGCAUCAAAGGCCCAAAGUUAGACCUUGAAGCUCCUGCCGUCAGCAUCCAGCGUCCAGAAGGUCAGCUCAAAGGGCCUGAUGUGUCCCUGCCAGAUGUGAAUGUGAACCUGAAGGGGCCCAAGGUGAAGGGAGAUAUGGGUGUUUCCGUCCCCAGGAUAACAGGUGACUUCAAAGGGCCUCAGGUUGACAUCCAAGGUCCCAAAGUGGGAAUAGACGCUCCUGCCAUAGAUAUCAAAGGGCCAGAAGGACACCUGAAAGGCCCCAAAUUUAAGGUGCCUGAAAUGCAUGCCAAGACCCCCCAUAUAUCAAUCCCUGACAUUGACUUGAACCUGAAAGGCCCUAAACUGAAGGGGGAUGUGGAUGUUUCUGUUCCAAAGAUAGAGGGUGACCUGAAAGCCCCUGGCAUCGAUGUCAAGGGCCCAAAGGUUGACAUUGAUGUCCCAGAUGUGGACAUUCAUGGCCCAGAGGGCAGAUUGAAGAUGCCUAAAAUGAAGAUGCCUAAGUUUGGUGUGCCAGGCCUGAAAGGGGAAGGCCCUGACAUGGACAUAACACUGCCAAAAGGGGAGGUGGAGAUUUCUGGUCCAAAGGUUGACAUUGCUGCUCCCAGCUUGGACAUCAAAGGCCCAGAAGGAAAACUGAAAGGUCCCAAAAUUACGAUGCCGGAAAUGCACGUCAAAGCACCAAAGAUCUCCAUGCCUGACGUUGAUCUGGGUUUGAAGGGUCCUAAGGUCAAGGGGGAUGUGGAUAUUUCUGUUCCAAAGAUAGAGGGUGACCUGAAAGGCCCCAGCAUUGAUAUCAAGGGCCCAAAGGUUGACAUUGAUGUCCCAGACAUGGACAUUCAUGGCCCAGAGGGCAAACUGAAGAUGCCCAAAAUGAAAAUGCCCAAGUUUGGGAUGCCAGGCCUGAAAGGGGAAGGCCCUGAUGUGGAAAUUUCUGGUCCAAAGGUCGACCUUGCUGCUCCCAGCGUGGACAUUGAAGGCCCAGAAGGAAAAGUGAAAGGCCCCAAGUUUAAGAUGCCCGAAAUGCAUGUCAAGACCCCCCAUAUAUCAAUCCCUGACAUUGACUUGAACCUGAAAGGCCCUAAACUGAAGGGGGAUGUGGAUGUUUCUGUACCAAAGAUAAAGGGUGACCUGAAAGCCCCUGGCAUCGAUGUCAAAGGCCCAAAGGUCGAUAUUGAUGCCCCAGACGUAGACAUGCAUGGCCCAGAGGGCAAACUGAAGAUGCCCCAAAUGAAGAUGCCCAAGUUUGGGAUGCCAGGCCUGAAAGGGAAGGGCCCUGAUGUGGACAUAACACUGCCAAAAGGGGAGGUGGAGAUUUCUGGUCCGAAGGUUGACCUUGCUGCUCCCAGCGUGGACAUUGAAGGUCCAGAAGGAAAACUGAAAGGCCCCAAGUUUAAGAUGCCAGAAAUGCACAUCAAGGCACCAAAGAUCUCCAUGCCUGAUGUUGAUCUGGGUUUGAAGGGUCCGAAGGUCAAGGGGGAUGUGGAUAUUUCUGUUCCAAAGGUUGAAGGUGACCUGAAAGCCCCCAGUGUUGAUAUCAAGGGCCCAAAUGUUGACAUUGAUGUCCCAGACAUGGACAUUCAUGGCCCAGAGGGCAAACUGAAGAUGCCCAAAAUGAAGAUGCCCAAGUUUGGGAUGCCAGGCCUGAAAGGGGAGGGCCCUGAUGUGGAAAUUUCUGGUCCAAAGGUCGACCUUGCUGCUCCCAGCGUGGACAUUGAAGGCCCAGAAGGAAAAGUGAAAGGCCCCAAGUUUAAGAUGCCCGAAAUGCAUGCCAAGACCCCCCAUAUAUCAAUCCCUGACAUUGACUUGAACCUGAAAGGCCCUAAACUGAAGGGGGAUGUGGACGUUUCUGUUCCAAAGAUAAAGGGUGACCUGAAAGCCCCUAGCAUUGAUGUCAAAGGUCCAAAGGUUGACAUUGAUGUCCCAGAUGUGGACAUUCAUGGCCCAGAGGGCAGAUUGAAGAUGCCGAAAAUGAAGAUGCCUAAGUUUGGCGUGCCAGGCCUGAAAGGAGAGGGCCCUGAUGUGGACAUAACACUGCCAAAAGGGGAGGUGGAGAUUUCUGGUCCAAAGGUCGACAUUGCUGCUCCCAGCUUGGACAUCAAAGGUCCAGAAGGAAAACUGAAAGGUCCCAAAAUUACGAUGCCAGAAAUGCACGUCAAGGCACCAAAGGUCUCUAUGCCCGAUGUUGAUUUGGGUUUGAAGGGUCCCAAGAUCAAGGGAGAUGUGGAUAUUUCUGUUCCAAAGGUUGAAGGUGACCUGAAAGGCCCCAGCAUUGAUAUCAAGGGCCCGAAGGUUGACAUUGAUGUCCCAGACAUGGACAUUCAUGGCCCAGAGGGCAAACUGAAGAUGCCCAAAAUGAAGAUGCCCAAGUUUGGGAUGCCAGGCCUGAAAGGGGAGGGCCCUGAUGUGGAAAUUUCUGGUCCAAAGGUCGACUUUGUUGCUCCCAGCGUGGACAUUGAAGGCCCAGAGGGAAAAGUGAAAGGCCCCAAGUUUAAGAUGCCUGAAAUGCAUGCCAAGACCCCCCAUAUAUCAAUCCCUGACAUUGACUUGAACCUGAAAGGCCCUAAACUGAAGGGGGAUGUGGAUGUUUCUGUUCCAAAGAUAGAGGGUGACCUGAAAGCCCCUGGCAUCGAUGUCAAGGGCCCAAAGGUUGACAUUGAUGUCCCAGAUGUGGACAUUCAUGGCCCAGAGGGCAGAUUGAAGAUGCCCAAGCUGAAGAUGCCCAAGUUUGGGGUGCCAGGCCUGAAAGGAGAGGGCCCUGAUGUGGACAUAACACUGCCAAAAGGGGAGGUGGAGAUUUCUGGUCCGAAGGUCGACAUUGCUGCUCCCAGCUUGGACAUCGAAGGCCCAGAAGGAAAACUGAAAGGCCCCAAGUUUAAGAUGCCUGAGUUAAAUAUCCAGGCCCCCAAAAUCUCCAUGCCAGAUGCAGACCUUAGUUUGAAGGCACCUAAACUGAAGGGAAAUGUGGAUACUUCUGGUCUGAAGAUGGAAGGUGAUUUCAGAGGGCCCCAAGUGGAUGUGGAUGUCCCUGAUGUGGAUUUGGAGUGUCCAGAAGGCAAAGUAAAGGGCUCUAAAUUUAAAAUGCCCAAACUAAAUAUUAAGGCCCCUAAGAUCUCUAUGCCAGAUGUGGACUUGAAUCUGAAAGGACCUAAAGCAAGAGGAGGGAUGGAUGUUACUGUCCCAAAGAUAGAAGGUGAUUUGAAAGGACCUGAAAUUGAUAUCAAGGGUCCAAAACUGGAUGUGGAAGCACCUGACAUGGACCUGGAGUGCCCUGAAGGAAAACUGAGAGGUCCGAAAUUUAAGAUGCCUGAAAUGCAUAUCAAAGCCCCCAAAAUCUCCAUGCCAGAUGUCGACCUGAAUCUGAAAGCCCCAAAAUUAAAAGGUGAGGUUGAUAUCUCUGCUCCUAAACUGGAAGGAGAUUUGAAAGGGCCUGAUAUUGACAUCAGGGGCCCCAAAGUAGACAUAGAUGCCCCAGAAAUGGAUAUUCAUGGCCCAGAAGGUAAAUUCAAAAUGCCCAAAUUCAAAAUGCCCAAAAUUGGGAUGCCUGGUUUCAAAGGAGAGGGACCUGAUGUGGAUGUGAAGCUUCCAAAAGGGGAGGUGGACGUCUCUGGUCCCAAGAUAGACAUUGGUGCCCCAGAGUUGGACAUUGAAGGCCCAGAAGGAAAACUGCGAGGCCCCAAAUUUAAGAUGCCUGAGAUGCACAUCAAGGCUCCAAAAAUCUCUAUGCCAGACAUUGACUUAAACCUGAAAGGGCCCAAGCUGAAGGGGGACGUGGACGUUUCUGUCCCAAAAAUAGAAGGUGACCUGAAGGGUCCCAGCAUGGAGCUUCAGGGCCCCAAAGUGGACAUUGACGCGCCAGAUGUGGACAUUCGUGGACCAGAGGGUAAAUUCAAAAUGCCUAAGUUCAAAAUGCCCAAGUUUGGGAUGCCUGGGUUCAAGGGGGAGGGGCCAGAUGUGGAUGUAAGUCUUCCGAAAGGGGAGGUGGAUAUUUCUGGGCCCAAGGUAGAGGUUGAUGCCCCAGAUGUGAACAUCGAAGGUCCAGAGGGAAAAGUAAAAGGCCCCAAAUUUAAGAUGCCUGACAUGCAUUUCAGCGUUCCUAAAAUCUCUAUGCCAGAUAUAGAUUUAAACUUGAAGGGACCUAAAGUGAAGGGGGACAUGGAUGUUACUGUCCCCAAAAUAGAAGGUGACUUGAAAGGACCUGAUGUGGACAUUAAGGGUCCAAAAUUGGACGUGGAUGCUCCAGACCUUGAGAUUGAAGGUCCUGAAGGGAAAUGGAAAGGACCCAAAUUCAAGAUGCCUGAAAUGCAUAUUAAGGCACCUAAAAUUUCUAUGCCUGAUGUAGACUUUAAUUUGAAAGGCCCCAAAAUGAAGGGGGAUGUGGAUGUUUCAGCUCCAAAGAUACAAGGGGAUUUGAAAGGCCCCAAGGUGGACAUAGAGUGCCCUGAUGUCGACAUUGAGGGUCCUGAGGGAAAACUGAAAGGCCCUAAAUUCAAGAUGCCUGAAAUGCAUUUCAAGGCCCCCAAAAUCUCCAUGCCUGAUGUUGAUUUGAAUUUGAAAGGUCCUAAAUGGAAAGGGGGUGUGGAUGUUUCCGCUCCCAAGUUAGAAGGGGAUUUGAAAGCACCAGAUAUAGACAUCAAGGGCCCCAAAGUAGAUGUUGAUAUCCCUGAUGUCGACAUUGAGGGUCCGGAAGGAAAACUGAAAGGCCCCAAAUUCAAGAUGCCUGAAAUGCAUUUCAAAGCCCCUAAAAUCUCAAUGCCUGACUUUGACCUGAACCUGAAAGGGCCUAAAGUGAAGGGGGAUGUGGAUGUUUCUGUGCCCAAAGUGGAGGGAGACCUGAAGGGCCCAGAGGUGGAUAUCAAAGGCCCCAAACUGGACAUUGAUGUCCCUGAUGUGGACCUGGAAGGCCCAGAAGGAAAGCUGAGGGGCCCCAAAUUCAAGAUGCCUGAGAUGCAUUUCAAGGCCCCCAAAAUCUCCAUGCCAGAUGUCGAUUUGAAUUUGAAAGGUCCAAAAGUGAAGGGGGGUGUGGAUGUUUCUGCUCCCAAACUGGAAGGUGAUUUGAAGGGUCCUGAUGUCGAUAUCAGAGGCCCCAAAGUGGACAUAGGGGUCCCAGACGUGGACAUUGAAGGCCCAGAGGGGAAACUGAAAGGUCCCAAAUUCAAGAUGCCCGAGAUGCACUUCAAAGCCCCCAAAAUCUCGAUGCCUGACUUUGACCUGAACCUGAAAGGGCCGAAAGUGAAGGGGGAUGUGGAUGUUUCUGUGCCCAAAGUGGAGGGAGACCUGAAGGGGCCAGAGGUGGAUAUCAAAGGCCCCAAACUGGACAUUGAUGUCCCUGAUGUGGACUUGGAAGGCCCAGAAGGAAAGCUGAGGGGCCCCAAAUUCAAGAUGCCUGAGAUGCAUUUCAAGGCCCCCAAAAUCUCCAUGCCCGAUGUUGAUUUGAAUUUGAAAGGUCCAAAACUGAAGGGGGAUGUGGAUGUGUCUGCUCCAAAGCUGGAGGGUGACUUGAAGGGUCCUGAGAUUGACAUCAGGGGCCCCAAAGUGGACAUUGAUGCCCCAGACGUGGAUAUUCAUGGUCCAGAGGGGAAAUUCAAGAUGCCCAAGUUUAAGAUGCCCAAAUUUGGGAUGCCUGGGUUCAAAGGGGAGGGUCCAGAUGUGGAUGUAAGCCUCCCGAAAGGGGAGGUGGAUAUUUCUGGUCCCAAAGUAGAUAUUGGGGGUCCCGAUUUGGAUAUUGAAGGGCCUGAUGGAAAGCUCCGAGGUCCCAAAUUUAAGAUGCCUGAGAUGCACAUCAAGGCCCCCAAAAUCUCCAUGCCUGACAUUGAUUUGAAUUUGAAAGGUCCUAAAGUGAAGGGGGGUGUGGAUGUCUCUGCUCCCAAACUGGAAGGUGAUUUGAAAGGCCCAGAUGUGGACAUCAAAGGCCCCAAAGUGGACAUAGAGUGCCCUGAUGUUGACAUUGAGGGUCCGGAGGGAAAACUGAAAGGCCCCAAAUUCAAGAUGCCCGAGAUGCAUUUCAAAGCCCCCAAAAUCUCGAUGCCUGACUUUGACCUGAAUCUGAAAGGGCCUAAAGUGAAGGGAGACAUGGAUGUUUCUGUGCCCAAAGUGGAGGGAGACCUGAAGGGGCCGGAGGUGGAUAUCAAAGGCCCCAAACUGGACAUUGAUGUCCCUGAUGUGGACUUGGAAGGCCCAGAGGGAAAGCUGAGGGGCCCCAAAUUCAAGAUGCCUGAGAUGCAUUUCAAGGCCCCCAAAAUCUCCAUGCCCGAUGUUGAUUUUAAUUUGAGAGGUCCAAAACUGAAGGGGGAUGUGGAUGUGUCUGCUCCAAAGCUGGAGGGUGACUUGAAGGGUCCUGAGAUUGACAUCAAGGGCCCGAAGGUUGACAUUGAUGCCCCAGACGUGGAUAUUCAUGGUCCAGAGGGGAAAUUCAAGAUGCCCAAGUUUAAGAUGCCCAAAUUUGGGAUGCCUGGGUUCAAAGGGGAAGGUCCAGAUGUGGAUGUAAGCCUCCCGAAAGCUGACAUUGAUAUUUCUGGUCCCAAAGUAGACAUUGAGGGUCCCGAUUUGGAUAUUGAAGGCCCGGAGGAAAAGCUCCGAGGUCCCAAAUUUAAGAUGCCUGAAAUGCAUAUCAAGGCCCCCAAAAUCUCCAUGCCUGACAUUGAUUUGAAUUUGAAGGGCCCUAAACUGAAGGGAGAUGUGGAUGUCUCAGCUCCAAAGAUGGAGGGCGACUUGAAGGGGCCUGAUUUUGACAUCAGAGGCCCCAAAGUUGACAUUGAUGCCCCAGACGUGGAUAUUCAUGGUCCAGAGGGGAGAUUCAAGAUGCCCAAGUUUAAGAUGCCCAAAUUUGGGAUGCCUGGGUUCAAAGGGGAGGGGCCAGAUGUGGAUGUAAGCCUCCCGAAAGCUGACAUUGAUAUUUCUGGUCCCAAAGUAGACAUUGAGGGUCCCGAUUUGGAUAUUGAAGGGCCGGAAGGGAAACUGAAAGGUCCCAAAUUUAAGAUGCCCGAGAUGCACAUUAAGGCUCCCAAAAUCUCCAUGCCUGAUGUUGAUUUGAAUUUGAAAGGCCCUAAACUGAAGGGAGAUGUGGAUGUUUCUGUUCCAAAGCUGGGGGGUGAUUUGAAGGGUCCUGAUAUUGAAAUUAAGGGCCCCAAAAUUGACAUUGAUGCUCCUGAUGUGGAUAUUCAUGGUCCAGAGGGGAAAUUCAAAAUGCCCAAAUUCAAAAUGCCCAAAUUUGGGAUGCCUGGGCUGAAAGGGGAGGGGCCAGACUUGGAUGUAAGCCUCCCAAAAGGGGAUAUUGAUAUUUCCGGUCCCAAAGUAGACAUUGAGGGUCCUGAUUUGGAUAUUGAAGGCCCUGAGGGAAAGCUCCGAGGUCCCAAAUUUAAGAUGCCUGAAAUGCACAUGAAGACCCCCAAAAUCUCCAUGCCUGACAUUGAUUUAAAUUUGAAAGGUCCAAAACUGAAGGGAGAUGUGGAUGUUUCUGUUCCAAAGCUGGGGGGUGAUUUGAAGGGUCCUGAUAUUGAUAUUAAGGGCCCCAAAAUUGACAUUGAUGCUCCUGAUGUGGAUAUUCAUGGCCCAGAGGGGAAAUUCAAAAUGCCCAAAUUCAAAAUGCCCAAAUUUGGGAUGCCUGGGCUGAAAGGGGAGGGGCCAGACUUGGAUGUAAGCCUCCCAAAAGGGGAUAUUGAUAUUUCCGGUCCCAAAGUAGACAUUGAGGGUCCCGAUUUGGAUAUUGAAGGCCCUGAGGGAAAGCUCCGAGGUCCCAAAUUUAAGAUGCCUGAAAUGCAUAUCAAGACACCAAAGAUCUCCAUGCCCGAUGUUGAUUUUAAUUUGAGAGGUCCAAAACUGAAGGGGGAUGUGGAUCUGGCUGUUCCAAAGCUGGAGGGUGACUUGAAGGGUCCUGAGAUUGACAUCAAGGGCCCCAAAGUUGACAUUGAUGCUCCAGAUUUGGAUAUUCAUGGUCCAGAAAGUAAAUUCAAGAUGCCCAAGUUUAAGAUGCCCAAGUUUGGGAUGCCUGGGCUCAAAGCAGAGGGACCGGAUGUGGAUGUAAGCCUCCCGAAAGCUGACAUUGAUAUUUCUGGUCCCAAAGUAGAUAUUGAGGGUCCCGAUUUGGAUAUUGAAGGCCCGGAGGGAAAGCUCCGAGGUCCCAAAUUUAAGAUGCCUGAAAUGCAUAUCAAGGCCCCCAAAAUCUCCAUGCCUGACAUUGAUUUGAAUUUGAAGGGCCCUAAACUGAAAGGAGAUGUGGAUGUCUCAGCUCCAAAGAUAGAGGGCGACUUGAAGGGGCCUGAUUUUGACAUCAGAGGCCCCAAAGUUGACAUUGAUGCCCCAGACGUGGAUAUUCAUGGUCCAGAGGGGAGAUUCAAGAUGCCCAAGUUUAAGAUGCCCAAAUUUGGGAUGCCUGGGUUCAAAGGGGAGGGGCCAGAUGUGGAUGUAAGCCUCCCGAAAGCUGACAUUGAUAUUUCUGGUCCCAAAGUAGACAUUGAGGGUCCCGAUUUGGAUAUUGAAGGCCCAGAGGGAAAGCUCCGAGGUCCCAAAUUUAAGAUGCCUGAAAUGCAUAUCAAGGCCCCCAAAAUCUCCAUGCCUGACAUUGAUUUGAAUUUGAAGGGCCCUAAACUGAAGGGAGAUGUGGAUGUCUCAGCUCCAAAGAUAGAGGGCGACUUGAAGGGGCCUGAUUUUGACAUCAGAGGCCCCAAAGUUGACAUUGAUGCCCCAGACGUGGAUAUUCAUGGUCCAGAGGGGAGAUUCAAGAUGCCCAAGUUUAAGAUGCCCAAAUUUGGGAUGCCUGGGUUCAAAGGGGAGGGGCCAGAUGUGGAUGUAAGCCUCCCGAAAGCUGACAUUGAUAUUUCUGGUCCCAAAGUAGACAUUGAGGGUCCCGAUUUGGAUAUUGAAGGGCCAGAAGGGAAACUGAAAGGCCCCAAAUUUAAGAUGCCCGAGAUGCACAUUAAGGCUCCCAAAAUCUCCAUGCCUGAUGUUGAUUUGAAUUUGAAAGGCCCUAAACUGAAGGGAGAUGUGGAUGUUUCACUUCCCAAACUGGAGGGAGAUUUGAAAGGGCCUGAUAUUGACAUCAAGGGCCCCAAAGUUGACAUUGAUACUCCGGAUGUGGAUAUUCAUGGCCCUGAGGGGAAAUUCAAAAUGCCUAAGUUUAAGAUGCCAAAGUUUGGGAUGCCUGGGUUCAAAGGGGAAGGACCAGACAUUGAUGUAAACCUUCCAACAGCAGAAGUGGAUAUUUCUGGGCCUAAGGUAGAUAUUGAUGCUCCUGAAUUGGACCUUGAAGGUCCAGAAGGCAAGCUCCGAGGUCCCAAAUUCAAGAUGCCCGAGAUGCAUUUCAAAGCCCCUAAAAUCUCAAUGCCUGACUUUGACCUGAAUCUGAAAGGGCCUAAAGUGAAGGGAGACAUGGAUGUUUCUUUGCCCAAAGUGGAGGGAGAUCUGAAAGGGCCGGAGGUGGAUAUCAAAGGCCCCAAACUGGACAUUGAUGUCCCUGAUGUGGACCUGGAAGGCCCAGAGGGAAAGCUGAAGGGUCCCAAAUUCAAGAUGCCAGAAAUGCACAUCAAGGCCCCUAAAAUUUCCAUGCCCGAUGUCGAUUUCAAUCUGAAAGGCCCGAAACUAAAAGGAGAUCUGGAUGUGUCUGUUCCAAAGAUACAGGGUGACCUGAAGGGGCCUGAGAUUGAUUUAGAAGGACCCAAACUGGACAUUGAUGCCCCAGACAUGGAUAUACAGGGCCCAGAAGGGAAAUUUAAAAUGCCCAAGUUCAAGAUGCCCAAAUUUGGGAUGCCUGGGUUCAAAGGAGAAGGGCCAGACAUGGACAUAAACCUCCCAAAAGGGGAGGUUGACAUUUCAGGUCCCAAAGUUGACAUUGAAGGUCCUGAUUUGGAAAUUGAAGGCCCCGAAGGAAAGCUCAAAGGUCCCAAGUUCAAGAUGCCUGAGAUGCACAUCAAGGCCCAAAAGAUCUCCAUGCCUGAUGCUGAUUUGAAUUUGAAGGGGCCGAAGUUGAAGGGAGACAUGGAUGUUUCUGUUCCAAAAAUAGAGGGUGAGCUGAAGGGUCCAGAGUUUGACAUCAAAGGCCCCAGAAUUGAUAUUGAUACUCCCGACGUGGAUCUUCACGGCCCUGAAGGUAAACUCAAAAUGCCCAAAUUCAAAAUGCCCAAAUUUGGGAUGCCUGGGUUCAAAGGAGAAGGAGAUGUGGAUGUAAGCCUCCCGAAAGGGGAGAUUGACAUUUCAGGUCCCAAGGUGGACCUUGAAGGUCCUCAUUUGGACAUUGAAGGGCCAGAAGGGAAGUUGAAGGGUCCCAAAUUUAAGAAACCUGAAAUGCAUUUUAAUGUGCCUAAAAUCUCCAUGCCUGAUAUUGACUUGAAUUUGAAAGGACCCAAAAUGAAGGGUGAUGUUGAUGUUUCUCUUCCUAAAUUGGAAGGUGAUUUGAAAGGUCCUAACAUUGAAGUCAAAGGACCAGAGAUCGAUCUUGAGACACCAAAACUUGAAAUAGAAGGGAAACCUAAAAAGUCAAGAUUUAAGCUUCCUAAAUUCAGUUUCUCUGGCCCUAAAGUUCAAACUCCGGACGUGGAUAUGAAGGUAAAGAAACCGGAUAUUGAUGUGUCCGGUCCAAAGGUGGACGUUAGUGCUCCUGAUGUUGACAUUCACGCAAAAUCCAAAGGAUCUAAAUUCAAAAUGCCUUUUCUGAGUAUUUCAUCCCCUAAAAUGUCCAUGCCAGAUGUGGAAUUAAAUCUGAAGGGGCCUAAACUGAAAGGAGACUUGGAUGUUUCUAGCCCAAAGCUGGAAGGGGAACUGAAGUGCCCUGAAGUUGAUAUCAAAGGUCCCAAACUGGACAUUGAUGCACCAGAUGUUGAUAUUCAUGGGCCUGAAGGAAAACUCAAAAUGCCCAAAUUAAAAAUGCCCAAAUUUGGCAUGUCUGGCUUCAAAGGGGAGGCAGAUGUGGAUGUGAAACUUCCCAAGGCGGAUGUCGACAUUUCAGGUCCUAAGGUAGACAUUGAAGCCCCCGACUUGAACGUCGAAGGGCCAGAGGGAAAACUGAAAGGGCCCAAAUUCAAGAUGCCUGACAUGCACAUUGGUGUUCCUAAAAUCUCCAUGCCAGAUAUUGACUUGAAUUUGAAAGGUCCUAAGUUGAAGGGAGAUGUGGAUGUGUCUGCUCCUAAGAUAGAAGGUGGUUUGAAGGGGCCAGAAGUGGAUAUCAAAGGCCCAAAGCUGGACAUAGAUGCCCCUGAUUUGAAUAUUGAAGGACCAGAGGGAAAACUGAAAGGCCCAAAAUUUAAGAUGCCAGAGAUGAAUAUCAAGGCACCAAAAAUCUCCAUGCCUGACUUCGAUCUCAAUUUGAAAGGUCCCAAGCUGAAAGGGGAUGUGGAUCUGGACUUGUCCGUUCCAAAGGUAGAAGGUGACUUGAAGGGACCAGAGUUUGAUAUAAAGGGCCCCAAAGUGGACAUAGAAGCUCCAGGACUUGAUAUCGAAGGUCCUGAAGGAAAAUGGAAAAGUCCAAAAUUUAAGAUGCCUGAAAUGAACAUCAAGGCCCCCAAAAUCUCCAUGCCUGACUUUGACUUAAAUCUGAAGGGCCCUAAACUGAAGGGAGACAUGGAUGUUUCUGCUCCUAAGCUGGAAGGGGAUUUAAAAGGUCCUGAAAUUGAUAUCAAAGGCCCCAAAUUGGACAUCGAUGCCCCAGACGUUGACAUUCACGGCCCUGCAGGAAAACUGAAAAUGCCCAAAAUGAAGAUGCCUAAGUUCGGCAUGCCUGGGUUCAAAGGGGAAGGCCCCGAUGUGGACGUCAGUCUUCCGAAGGGAGAGUUUGAGAUCUCGGGCCCUAAGGUAGAUAUUGAUGCCCCAGAUUUGAGUCUUGAAGGACCAGAAGGGAAGCUGAAAGGCCCCAAAUUCAAGAUGCCUGAAAUGCAUAUCAAAGCUCCCAAAAUCUCCAUGCCUGACUUGGAUUUGAAUUUGAAAGGUCCUAAACUCAAGGGUGACUUGGACGUUUCAGCUCCUAAGAUACAAGGGGAUUUGAAAGGCCCAGAUGUGGACAUCAAAGGCCCCAAAGUGGACAUAGAGUGCCCUGAUGUCGACAUUGAGGGUCCGGAAGGAAAACUGAAAGGCCCCAAAUUCAAGAUGCCCGAGAUGCAUUUCAAAGCCCCCAAAAUCUCGAUGCCUGACUUUGACCUGAACCUGAAAGGGCCUAAAGUGAAGGGAGACAUGGAUGUUUCUGUGCCCAAAGUGGAGGGAGACCUGAAGGGCCCGGAGGUGGACAUCAAGGGCCCCAAACUGGACAUUGAUGUCCCUGAUGUGGACUUGGAAGGCCCAGAAGGAAAGCUGAGGGGCCCCAAAUUCAAGAUGCCCGAGAUGCAUUUCAAAGCCCCCAAAAUCUCGAUGCCUGACUUUGACCUGAACCUGAAAGGGCCGAAAGUGAAGGGGGAUGUGGAUGUUUCUAUGCCCAAAGUGGAGGGAGACCUGAAGGGGCCGGAGGUGGAUAUCAAGGGCCCCAAACUGGACAUUGAUGUCCCUGAUGUGGACUUGGAAGGCCCAGAGGGAAAGCUGAGGGGCCCCAAAUUCAAGAUGCCUGAGAUGCAUUUCAAGGCCCCCAAAAUCUCCAUGCCCGAUGUUGAUUUGAAUUUGAAAGGUCCAAAACUGAAGGGGGAUGUGGAUGUGUCUGCUCCAAAGCUGGAGGGUGACUUGAAGGGUCCUGAGAUUGACAUCAAGGGCCCGAAGGUUGACAUUGAUGCCCCAGACGUGGAUAUCCAUGGUCCAGAGGGGAAAUUCAAAAUGCCCAAGUUUAAGAUGCCCAAGUUUGGGAUGCCUGGGUUCAAAGGGGAAGGUCCAGAUGUGGAUGUAAGCCUCCCGAAAGCUGACAUUGAUAUUUCUGGUCCCAAAGUAGACAUUGAGGGUCCCGAUUUGGAUAUUGAAGGCCCGGAGGGAAAGCUCCGAGGUCCCAAAUUUAAGAUGCCUGAAAUGCAUAUCAAGGCCCCCAAAAUCUCCAUGCCUGACAUUGAUUUGAAUUUGAAGGGCCCUAAACUGAAGGGAGAUGUGGAUGUCUCAGCUCCAAAGAUGGAGGGCGACUUGAAGGGGCCUGAUUUUGACAUCAGAGGCCCCAAAGUUGACAUUGAUGCCCCAGACGUGGAUAUUCAUGGUCCAGAGGGGAGAUUCAAGAUGCCCAAGUUUAAGAUGCCCAAAUUUGGGAUGCCUGGGUUCAAAGGGGAGGGGCCAGAUGUGGAUGUAAGCCUCCCGAAAGCUGACAUUGAUAUUUCUGGUCCCAAAGUAGACAUUGAGGGUCCUGAUUUGGAUAUUGAAGGGCCGGAAGGGAAACUGAAAGGCCCCAAAUUUAAGAUGCCCGAGAUGCACAUUAAGGCUCCCAAAAUCUCCAUGCCUGAUUUUGACUUGAAUUUGAAAGGCCCUAAAUUGAAAGGGGAUGUUGACAUUUCUGUUCCAAAGGUUGAAGGGGAUUUGAAAGGCCCCGACAUUGACUUUAAAGGCCCCAAAUUGGACAUUGAUGCUCCCAGCAUUGACAUAGAAGGGCCAGAAGGGAAACUGAAAGGUCCCAAAUUUAAGAUGCCUGAAAUGCAUGUCAAGGCCCCCAAAAUGUCGAUGCCUGACAUCGACUUAAAUCUGAAGGGCCCUAAACUGAAGGGAGACAUGGAUGUUUCUGCUCCUAAGUUGGAAGGGGAUUUGAAAGGGCCUGAAAUUGAUAUCAAAGGCCCCAAAUUGGACAUCGAUGCCCCAGACAUUGACAUUCAUGGCCCUGCAGGAAAACUGAAAAUGCCCAAAAUGAAGAUGCCUAAGUUCGGCAUGCCUGGGUUCAAAGGGGAAGGCCCCGAUGUGGACGUCAGUCUUCCGAAGGGAGAGUUUGAGAUCUCGGGCCCUAAGGUAGACAUCGAUGCCCCAGAUUUGAGUCUUGAAGGGCCAGAAGGCAAGCUGAAAGGGCCCAAAUUCAAGAAGCCCGAGAUGCAUGUCAGUGUUCCCAAGAUCUCCAUGCCAGAAAUUGACUUGAAUUUAAAAGGCCAUAAGAUGAAAGGAGAAUUUGAUGCGUCUGUUCCAAAGAUCGAAGGGAAUUUGAAAGGUCCUGAUGUUGAUAUUAGAGGCCCAGAGUUUGGUCUGAAGGGUCCUGAUCUCGACAUUGAAUGUCCAGAUGUGAAUCUUGAGAGUCCAGAGGCAAAUGUCAAACUUCCCAAGUUUAAGAAACCAAAAUUUGGGUUUGGAUUAAGGAGUCCUAAAGCAGAAGUGAAACCUCCAGCGGCAGAGAUUGACCUCCCAGAAGGUGAUCUGAAUGUGGAGUCUCCCGACAUUAGCAUUUCGGCAAAAGGAAAGAAAAGCAAAUUCAAAAUGCCUAAGCUUCAUAUGAGUGGCCCGAAGGUGAAAGGAAAGAAGGGUGGGUUUGAUGUGAGCGUUCCCAGCGGUGAGCUCGACUUGAAAUCUCCUGACGUCGACGUGAAUGUCACUAGUCCAGAUGUAGCCAUCAAAGGCGAUGUGAAUGUCAAAGCUCCUAAAGGGAAGAAACCUGUGUUUGGAAAAUUUCCCUUUCCAGACGUCGAGUUUGACAUCCGGUCAUCCAAGUUCAAAGGCGACGUUUCUGCAACGGUCCCCAAAAUAGAAGGGGAGCUUAAAACCCCAGGUUUGGAUGUGGCAGCCCCCAGCCUCAGUGGAAAGCUCCCUGAUGUUAGCCUGGAUGUCUCAGCACCAGGCAUCGAAGGAAGCAUGAACCUUCCUUCGGCUGACUUCAGUGCUGAAGGGGUCAACGCAAAGCUGAAGGGACCCAAGGUGACCAUGCCAUCGGGAAACCUUUCGAUGCCCCAAGUCUCUGGACCUGGUUUUGAUGUAAACUUGAAAGGACCAAAAAUCAAGGGAGACCUGGAUAUGUCAGGUGGCAUCAGCGGCCCAGCCGUGGGCCUGGAUGCCCCAGACGUUGACAUUGGAGGGAAGCUUAAAAUGCCAAAGUUGAAAUCUCCUGCUUUGGAGGGACCUCAUGUUGACCUGGGCAUGAAAGGAGAUAUUGGAUUUUCAGGUCCGCAUAUCAGAGGGGGCAUGAAAGCCCCAGACAUGGAUAUUAAUCUCAGUGCCCCAGACCUUGAUAUCAAAGGGCCUACAGUGAAAAUGCCUUCCGUUGAUAUUUCUGCACCAGAUUUGGAUGUAAAUUUGAAAGGACCAAAGUUGAAAGGUGAUUUUACUGCAUCCGGAGACAUCAAGUCCCCCCAGGUGUCUGUAGACACCCCAGAUGUCAACAUAGGAGGUCCAGGAGCUACAAUUAAACUUCCUUCCCUUAAACUCCCCCAAUUCGGCAUCUCCAGCCCUCACGUUGAGGGGUCAGACCUGGGCAUGCAUAUUGAAGGACCACAAAUAAGAGGAGACAUGAAAGGCUCAGGGAUUGGCAUGGGGUUGGAGGGGCCGGCAGCAGAAUUGAAGGGGCCUACAUUCAAAAUGCAGCCCUUAAACGGCUCUGGACCUGACCUUGACUUUGACUUGAAAGGACCAAAGCUGAAGGGCGACGUCGGGGUCACUGGAGGUAUUAGCGGCCCCAAAUUUGGAGUGCAGGCACCAGAUGUCAGCCUGAAGGGUGCAGAGGGGAGUAUGGGAGGUCUGAGAAUGAACCUGCCCACACGUGAGAUUUCGGGUUCCUACGAUGGGAAAGUUUCCGGAGUGGGGUUUCAUGCCGAUGCCCCCGAUGUCCAUGUGAAAGGUCCCGCGUUUGACAUGUCCAUGCCAAAAGUGUCUGGGCCAGAUUUUGAUGUCAAUUUGAAAGGGCCUAGAAUCAAAGGAGGGGUUGGUAUUUCUGGACCAAAGGUGGAAGGUGAGCUGAGAGGUCCCACGGUAGGCAUCAGAGGCCCCAGCGCAGAGGUGAGCGUCCCCCAGGGCCACGUAGGGAGCGCGUUAGGGAAAGUGUCAUUCCCCAAGAUGAGAAUGCCCAAAUUUGCAUUUUCAGAGCCUGAGCUGGCGGGGCGGGAAGUGGGGGUGGAUGUCGAGUUCCCUCAGGCGGAUGCCAGCCUUCACGUGGGUGCUGUAGACGUGGAGUUUGACGACCCAGACAUUAAGCUGAAGAAAUCCAAAAUUAAGAUGCCCAAAUUCAAUUUUUCCAAGCCAAAGGGCAAAGGUGUCAGCGUGGCCUCCCCGGAGGCCUCGGUGUCUGUCUCAGGGCCGAAAGGCGAACUGAAAUCCUCCAAGGCGAGUCUGGGCUCGAUGGAGGUGGAGCUGGAAGGAGGGGACGCGGCGGCCGCUUCCCCCAAAGGGAAGUUCUCGUUAUUUAAAAGCAAGAAGCCGCGCCACCGGUCGUCCUCGUUCAGCGACGAACAUUCCUCCCAUUCCACCCCCACGGGCACGCUGGAGCUAGAGGCCAGCGCGGGGGGCGAGAAGGGGAAGCAGGGCAAGCUGAAAUUCGGGACAUUCGGCGGCAUCGGGUCGAAAACCAAAGGGUCUUACGAGGUCACUGGAAGUGACGACGAGGCGGGGAAGGGGCAGGCGGGCGGCAAGGCCCGGCUCUCGUCCUCCUCGAGCAACGACAGCGGGACGAAGGUGGGGAUACGGCUGCCUUCGAUAGAGCUGACGGUGGCGAAGAAGAAGGAGUGACGUGUCUGUGUACAUAGGCCUGUAUAUAUCCUCUGUGUGUUUGUAUAUAAACCCCAUCGCUUGGGAUACUUUCACGCUCAGCAAUAACGGGAGCGAUGCCUGGGUGGGAGGCCGGGUUCCACGUAGUGGAAGGGGCUGCAGCAGGAGUGGGGGGCGGACGCACAGCUCUGCCCCCCACGCAUUGGAGAGUUUCCUUGUGCUCGAGACUUCAGCGUGCGCCUUCAAUGCUGAGAGCUUCAGUUUACUAGCAAGCUAUAUUUUGAUAUCGUUUUCCUUUUACUGAAUAUUUUCAGUGUUGGCUUAUGGAAAGAACGUUUCCAUUUUAAUUACCUUCUGGCUGAAAUUUCUAUCAUGAGAAAAGGAUCUAGGAAAAACACUGUAAAAUAUAUAGACACGACGGAGAGGUGUCAGUGUCGCAGCUGAUUUGGGGGUCCGAAGUGAAAAGGUUCCUUCUCGCCGUGGCGCUGGCGUCCAACCAAGCUGGUAGCCAUAUCCACAGAUUAAUUGGAGAAGACUGAGCUGGGGGUUGCUUAUACCUGGUGUUGAAAGUAGAACUUCCUGGUGGAAAGUAGAACUGACCUCUGGAAAACUAACCGCGUGUACGCUGGGGCUGGGUUUCUUGACACCCUCUCAGUCGUCUCUGUAUGUUUGUCGCGUUAUUUUUUUGUACUAUAAGAGAGGACUUUUCUUCGCUGUGGGGCAAGCCAUCUGCAGUGGCCACUUUCCUGAGGCUUGUUAUCAUUUCUCUUAACAAAUGUAUCCUAAGGGAAGAAAACAAAACAACAACCCCCCCCUCUUUCAGCACUUUAAUGGCAAAUUAAUGGAGAAUGUAAGAAGAUUGAUCUUGUAAAAUGCAAAUAAACUGUUUAUUAACCUCA